CCUUCACUCCUUACACCUCUCUGUCUCUCUCUCACUCUCCCGCUUCAGUAACUCCACACCGCUCCCGUUUUUUCUUCCCUUCAUUACUUACUUCGAACCAACGUCCCACCAAAUCCUUCAUCUUUGUCUCCCUCCCAAAUUAAUUAUCUUUUCCAAUCAGUACCCUGAAAUCAGAUCUAAAUCCCACACUUCCACCCAAGGAAUCCAAUCUCGCCGACACUUUACUGUUAUAAAGCAGUGAAUAGAAAAGCAAAAGGGUCCGAGAGAGGUAGAGCUUUGCAGAAAGGGAGAAAGAAACAAAGAAGAGACGAGAUUCAGUGGGAUAAGUACACGUAGAUAGGUCGGCGGACACAUUGGAUUAGUAUAGCAGUGAGGAAAGUUCUUUCCUUCUUCUGUAAGGUUUUCUCUCCACAGAAACCACCUUCUCAUUCUCUGCAAAGUUUGAAACUUUGGCACGAAACAGAGAGAUAGAAAACAGCAAUGGCGAGUUGGUGUUAUUGGGUGGUUGGGGUGUUGUGCUUACUCGUCAGUUGCAGCAAUGGAGAAGACCCUUACAGAUUCUACAACUGGAAUGUCACUUAUGGCGAUAUCUACCCACUGGGAGUCAAGCAACAGGGGAUACUGAUAAACGGCCAGUUUCCAGGGCCGCCGCUGGAAGCCGUGACCAAUGACAAUCUGAUUAUCAGUGUUUUCAACAGCUUGGACGAGCCUUUCCUCCUCUCCUGGAAUGGAGUGCAACAGAAGAGGAACUCAUGGCAAGAUGGGGUUUAUGGAACCAAUUGCCCCAUCCCACCAGGGACCAACUUCACUUAUGUCCUGCAAGUGAAGGAUCAAAUAGGCAGCUACUUCUACUUCCCUUCCCUUGCAAUGCACAAGGCUGCAGGUGGCUAUGGUGGGAUCAAAAUCGCCAGCCGAUCUGUUAUCCCCGUCCCAUUCGAUCCUCCCGCUGGUGAUUUCACCUUCCUUGCUGGUGAUUGGUACAAAAUGAACCACACGGAUCUGAAAGCAACUCUGGAUGGUGGAAGUGAUCUCCCUUUCCCUGAUGGCAUUCUCAUCAAUGGCCGCGGCUCCAAUGGCUAUACCUUCACAGUAGAUCAAGGAAAAACCUACAGGUUCAGGAUAUCGAAUGUCGGGCUUACCACGGCCCUCAACUUCAGAAUUCAAGGCCACAAGAUGUUGCUGGUGGAAGUGGAAGGGACACAUACCCUUCAAAACACAUACGACUCCCUCGACAUCCAUUUGGGACAAUCCUACUCAGUUCUGGUAACAGCCGACCAGCCACCUCAGGACUACUACAUUGUAGUCUCCUCGCGGUUCACCUCCCAAGUCCUCAGCUCAACCGCCAUCCUUCACUACAGCAACUCGGCUGCAAGUGUCUCUGGUGCACCCCCCGGUGGCCCCACGAUUCAGAUCGAUUGGUCGCUCGAGCAGGCCCGAUCCCUCAGGAGGAAUCUGACAGCAAGUGGCCCCAGGCCGAAUCCACAGGGCUCGUACCAUUAUGGUAUGAUCAAUACGACCAGAACCGUUAGGCUGCAGAAUUCGCCUGUAAUGAUCAAUGGCAAGCAGAGGUAUGCUGUGAAUAGUGUCUCGUUUGUUCCAGCGGACACUCCACUGAAGCUGGCUGAUCACUUCAAAAUUGGUGGAGUUUUCUCCCUUGGGAGCAUCCCAGAUAACCCUACUGGCAGCGGCGGUUACCUCCAGACCUCGGUUAUGGCUGCCGAUUUUAGAGGGUUCGCGGAGUUUGUGUUCGAGAACACCGAGGAUAGCGUCCAGUCUUGGCACAUUGAUGGACAUAACUUCUUUGUUGUUGGGAUGGAUGGAGGGCAAUGGUCGGCUGCUAGCAGAUUGAACUACAACUUGAGGGACACCAUCUCACGUUGCACUGUUCAGGUGUAUCCACAGUCAUGGACAGCGAUCUACAUGCCGUUGGACAACGUUGGGAUGUGGAAUGUGAGGUCUCAGAAUUGGGCUCGACAGUAUUUGGGACAGCAAUUCUACCUUCGCGUCUACUCUCCGGCGAACUCUUGGAGAGACGAGUACCCUAUUCCUAGCAAUGCGCUUCGCUGUGGGCGUGCCGUGGGGAUGUGAGUUUCAGAGCAAAGCAUGGAAACUUGCACGAAGAGGAAGAGCGAGCGUUUUUGUUCGAGAUAAUCCAAGCCACACGUUAACUGUUUGUUAACUAGUUAUAGUAGAGUUAUUCAAGAAUCAAGAGGAUGUCAUGUCAUGUCACGAGUGGGUGGCAGAGCAUUUGAUUUGUUGUUUUGUUUAGAUUUUGGGUAUGAUCCGGCUUUUCAUUUGUUGUAUGUGUCACGGUGUCUAGUCUAGCCACGGUUGUCGAUUCCUCGUUGUCCAACAAUACAAGUUGGUGUUCGUUGUACAAUUUGAUAUAGGGGAUAAAUAUCCUACAUUUUA